CGCAACAGACUGAGCAGCAGAAGAGAAGAGCCAUGCAAUGAGAGCGCUAUCCUGACCCAAACCUCCGAUUCACAAACUCAAACCCUGUUUGCAUGCGUUUCAUUCCCAACUUUAGGAAAAGGAAGUCGUGUAGUUGUAUAAAUGUAGUUUUCUCAAUCAAUUCUGAAACUCUAUAGACAGUUUUAAUAGCUUUUAUAAAGUUCUCAUCAGCAACAAGGAUGCGCAACAGAAUGACGGAACUUUCUACGCGGAAAAUCAGCGCUUUGGAUGUUUUUGUGUGUUUGUGUUUGGUUUCUUUGGCUUAUUCCUUCAACAUUGACUUACAACAUCCCGUGGUGUUCCGAGGACCAGAUGCGACGUUUUUUGGAUAUUCCGUCCUGGAGCACGUCCAUGACAACACACGCUGGAUUGUGGUUGGGGCUCCCAGAGCAAACUCAUCAUUUAGCAGUUCAGUACACUCACCUGGAGCCGUAUACAAGUGCCGGAUCCGCAACAACCCAGAGCAACGCUGCACUGAGAUGGACCUCGGCAGAGGAAAUAAGCAGAGGGAGUCCUGCGGGAAGACGUGUCAAGGAGACAGGAACGACGAGUGGAUGGGGGUCAGUCUGGCUCGACAGGACAAACCCAAUGGCAAAAUUUUGGCCUGCGCUCACCGCUGGAAGAAUGUAUACUAUGAAUCGGAGUAUAUCCUCCCUCAUGGAUACUGCUCCAUCAUCCCAGCCACUCUGCAGGGCAAGUCACAGCCUCUCAUACCGUGUUAUGAAGACCAUAAGAAGACCUAUGGGGAAGAACAUGGCUCGUGCCAAGCCGGGAUCGCAGGCGUUUUCACAGAGGAGCUGGUUAUCAUGGGUGCACCUGGUUCAUACUACUGGACCGGAACGGUCAAAGUGUUUAACAUGACAUCCAGUACUCACUACAACCUUAAUCAAGACAACCUGAGUCUUCACAGAUACAGUUACCUCGGGUAUGCUGUGACGGCUGGUCACUUCUCCUCCCUGAAUACCAUAGACGUGGCGGCUGGUGCUCCUCAAGACAGCGGCCGUGGAAAAGUUUACAUCUUCAGAAUCGAAGGAACGUCUCUUGUGAAGACCUUUCAAGCCUCAGGGAAAAUGAUGGGCUCUUACUUUGGCUCCUCAUUGUGUGCAGUUGACCUAAACGCGGAUGGACUGUCGGACUUGCUGGUGGGAGCACCCAUGCACAGCGAGAUCCGGGAUGAAGGCCAGGUUUCUGUUUACCUCAGCAGUGGCAAUGGAGUAAUGGAGGAACGUGCAAUACUGAAUGGUGACAAUGCAUACAAUGCACAUUUUGGAGAGUGUAUCACGUCUCUUGGGGACAUUGACGACGAUGGCUACCAAGAUGUGGCGAUUGGUGCUCCUGAAGAGGAUGACUAUGGAGGAGCUGUCUACAUCUAUCAUGGUGAUGCUUCAGGAAUAGUUAACAAGUACUCAAUGAGAUUGUCUGGGCGAAGCUUCAGCCCCACCCUCCAAAUGUUCGGCCAGUCAAUUUCCGGCAAUGUGGACAUGGAUGGAAACGGAUAUCCAGAUGUGACGAUAGGAGCAUUCAUGGCUGACAGUGUGGUUUUGUUAAGAUCCAGGCCAGUGAUCUCUGUGGACGUCUCCAUCUUCCUGCCCGUCUCGAUAAACAUCACAGUGCCGCAGUGUCACGAGGGCCCUCAGCAUCUCAACUGCUUCAACGUCACCAUCUGCAUGAGCUUUCGAGGAAAACAUGUACCUGGCCACAUAGAGUUGCUGUACAAUCUAACCGCAGAUUCAGAUAAGAGACACAAGGGUCUGUCGCCGCGGGUGUAUUUUGGAAAUGGUGGAGAGCAGACAGGUGCUGUAAGUCAGCGUUUCAGCCUGGAGAUCAACCGACAGCAGUGCCAUCAGUACACGGCCUAUGUGAGGAAAGAAGUGAAGGAUGUGUUUGCCGCCAUCGUGUUUGAGGCAGCGUACAGUUUAGGAAAACACGUUGUAGAUGGACAUCAGGACCGCGACCUUCCAUCGCUCACUCCUGUUCUACGCUGGAAAAAAGGAGAGAAGAUCGCUGCAAAGAAUGAGACGUGGUUUGAGAAGAACUGUCUGUCAGAGGACUGCGCCGCUGACCUGAGGCUUCAUGGGAAACUGCUGCUUUCUGGACGUUACAUCAGUUCUCAUCUGGCUCUUGGUGGAGUGAGAAACGUGUCGUUAAAUUUAACCAUCUCUAAUGCUGGGGAUGACGCCUACGACACCAACAUCUACUUCAACUUCUCCAGAGAGGUUCACUACAUCAACUUCUUGCAAAGAGAAGAGAAGGGCAUUUCCUGUAUGCUGAUAGAGCUGGACUUCCUCAAGUGCAGCGUUGGAUUUCCUUUCAUGAGAGCGCAAACCAAGUACCAUCUAUCGGUGCUUUUCGACACGAGCCGUCUGUCUGGUGAAAACGAGACGCUGCUGUUUUUAGUUCACGCUAGAAGUGCCAAUCCAGAGCAUAAUAGCACACUUCAUGAUAACACUUUGGAGUUGUCCAUACCGCUGGUACAUGAGGUGGACACAACCAUCACAGGCGUUGUCGCACCUACAUCUUUUGUGUAUGGAAACUCAGUGGACCGAUCACGCUUUGUUCGGCUGGACGACAUGGAGUGCAGCUUUCAGCCGCUCAACUUCACCUUUCAGGUGAUAAACAAUGGGCCCAGCAGACUUCCAGGCUCCACGGUGGACAUCAGGAUACCCAACCGCCUGGCUGGUAACGGAGCAGAUAUGUUCCAUAUCAUUGACACACAAGUAUCCGAAAGUCGAGGGAACUGCACGUGGCACAGGAACCCCAAACCCUGCACAAUCCCACAGGACAAGGAGAGCAUCUUCCACACUAUUUUUGCUUUCUUCACCAAAUCGGGCAGAAAAGUUCUGGACUGUGACCGGCCUGGCAGAGCGUGUCUAACUAUUUCCUGCAGUCUGAGCUCUCAGGCUAAAGAAGAAGCCACGAGUAUAGAUGUGCAAAUGCUACUGAACACUGAAAUACUACAGAGGGACAGCUCCUCUGUGAUCCAAUUUGUGACACGAGGUCACGUCCAGCUGGACAACAGGGCCGUGGAGGUCUCAACCGGGCUUCCAGAGGAGACUUCUCUGGUGUUUGAGGCCCUUCACAGUCAGGAGCCCAGGGGUUACGUGGUGGGAUGGAUCAUCGCCAUCAGCCUCCUCGUGGGAAUCCUCAUCUUCCUGCUGCUGGCGGUGCUGCUCUGGAAGAUGGGAUUCUUCAGGAGGCAUUACAGAGAGAUCAUAGAGGCAGAAAAGAACAGGAAGGACAGCGAUGAAAGCUGGGAUUGGGUCCAGAAGAGCCAAUGAGAGCUUGGAUUGGGUUCAGAAAAUCCAAUAAGCUGCUACCUUCACCACGGCUCUCUCCAAAGACCCAGACCCUCCAGCCUUCCAUAUGUGGAAGAAAAGAAUAUUCUCCAGAUUUUUCGGAGGCUUAACACUUUUUUUUUGCAUUGAUGGUGAUCUAGCUGAUGUUCGAGGUGACCGCGUGGCCUGCCAGAAGAGACUCGCAGUGGAUUUCCACUGAUCCCAACGGGACAGGCCUCUCGCCAGUGGGUCCGAAGAGACGGAAAGAGAGCUUCCUGGAAAUGAAUGUGGAUAUCGUGUCAAUACUAGCAGACAAUUACAACCCUCAGGGCGCUGUUGAAAAGCAAAAAUCUAUUUUUUAUAAAAUGUAUUCCAUACUGUAUAGAAGAGAGCUUCAAGAGUUGUUUUUAAAGCACUGAUGACUGACACACGCCAAAGAGUUGAUGUUAUUCCUUCACAGUGUUCUGGUGCACAUCAGCUUUCACAUGAACCUUGAAGAUGGAUUGUACCUCCUUAUCCCCUCGAGAUUUUAACUUACAGAGAAUGCAAAGCAAAAUGUGUCCUUCAUUCGGACAGCUCACGAGUUAAACGAUUCAUACUCGCCCCCAUGUCUUCAAAGAUAUUCAUGUCUGUCUUUCUUCAGUCGCAAAGUUUUUCGAGGAAAACAUUCCAUGAUUUUUCUCCAUAUAGUGGACUUCAAUGGUGCUCAACAGACUGAAGGUUAAUAAUGCAGUUUCAAUACCGCUUUAAAGGGCUAUAAACGAUCCCAGCCAAGGAACAAGGGUCUUAUCUAGCGAAACGAUCAGUCAUAAAAUAAAAUUGUAUCUAGCGCUGCAAUGUGAGACAGUUAGGGUAUGUCGAAAAGCUCCCAUCUCAUUUUCUCCUCCAACUUUAAAAUUGUCCUUCAUCACUGUUUUACCCUUUUUCAUAAAGGGCAUUUGACCACUUUGACACAUCGGUACUUCUGCAGCGAUGUAGGGCGAUUUUUAAAGUUGGAGGAGAAAAUGAGAUGGGAGUUUUUUUGACAUACCCUAACUGUCUCAAACUGGAGUGCACAGAAUAUGCAUGCGCAUUGCAGAGCUAGACAAGACCAGUAUUUGAGGUUAAAAAGUCUAUAAAUUGUACAUUUUUUUUAGGAAAUAACUGGUUGAUUGCUAGAUGAGACCUUUAUUCCUUGGCUGGGAUCAUUUAGAGCCCUUUGAAGCUGCAUUUUUAAUAUUCAAUCCGUCAAGCACCAUUGAAGUCCACUAUCUGGAGAUAAUUCCUGAAAUGUUUUCCUCAAAAAACAGCUGACAUGAAGACAUGAACAUCCUGGAUGAUUUGGAGGUGAGUAAAUUAUUUGGAAACUUCUGUUUUGGAAAUGGAGUAAUCCUUUAAAUUCUCACAAACAAGAAUGACAGAGGAGAUGCAUACCAAAGUUUUUAUUGCUUGAGUUGUUAAAAGAAUAGUUCACCCAAAAUGAACAUUUGCUGGAUAUCUACACACCCUCAGGCUACACAAGAUGUAAAUGAGUUUGUUUCUUCAUCAUUUUUGGAGAAAUGUAGCAUUACAUCACUUGCUCACCAAUGGAGUGAAUGGGUGCCGUCAGAAUGAGAGUCCAAACAGCUGAUAAAAACAUCACAACGAUCCACACAACUGCAUGAAAAGUUAAAAUGUCUUGCUAUAUGGAUUUUUUUUUAAUCCAAUGCAGCAAUUCACUUAAAACUGCAGGGGUGUGGAUUAUUGUGAUGUUUUUAAUCAGCUGUUUGGAAUCCUUUGGUGAACAAGUGAUGUAAUGCUACAUUUCUCCAAAUUUGAUAAACAGUUCAGUUUAGUCCGGUUGUGCUUAAAACAGAAACAGAAAACCUAUGUUCUCAGCUCAAACCUGUUUUGUUCAAUAUAUGUGAAAUUCACAGUUUAGUUUAGCAUUAUGUGUACUGCACUGGAUUUUGACCCCACUGAAAGAUGCAUGUAGAUUUUGUUUUAUAAUCUUUCACAAAAAUAUAUAAAUGUUCUCUGAUUGAAUCCUAUUUCACACACAAAUGUCAAAACUGGUCUCAAAAUAAAAGCUAUUCUAUUAUGUAAAAGACAUAUUCCAAGUUACGAGUUACAAUUUUACUGUACGUAUAAAAACUCAUCUAUCUGCCAAAUAUUCUCCAAAAAUUCUUACAGCGUGUUCUGUGUUAUUUUUCUAAACCAUACACUAUGUCGCCUGCUUUUUAACAAAUCCCAUGACAAGUUUUUUGAAAUUCAGACUGCACAGACCCAGGUUUUAACCGUGCAGAACCUGCAGUGUGUAAUAGCCUAAAAAUAGGUGGGAAUGUGCAGUACUUCAUCACUGGGCACAAACUCGUACUUUGGAGCUUAUGGGAACGGCUUGUUUUAAGUCAACAUUUUGGACUUCACUCAGAGCGCAGCCUCAACAUGAGCUGUUCGCUGUCAGACUUCACAUGCAUUCUGCCUUUAACUGCUCAAACAGAGCAGAAACAGCAGAGAUCAACUCAUCUGAGUUUUUAGUCAAUGAUCUUGGUUGCUUGUUUUGCAUUUUCCUCUAAUUCAGAGGGUUUGUUUGAAAGAAAUUGUUGUUUUUUUUUGCCAUUUACCAAAAGAUCAAUAGCUUUGCUAUUGGAUAUUAGAUGAUUGCUGGAAGAUUCUGGAUCAAUAAUCACCACUGGCAUGGCUAAAAAACCCACGUCUGUAUUUCUUGUCCGGCCCAACACCAGGUUCUCUCAUAGGUGUGUUUCAGAGAGACACAUACUUGACUUUGUAAGUGUGUAACCUAACUGUGAGUGUUGUUGCCAUUAUCACCUAUUUUGAGCAUUUUAGAAUAAACUACUGUCACUGAUGUUUUAUAGAUGUAUUGAGAAAUAUGUUUGUUGUACAAGCUCGAGCUGUAUAUUUAUCUACUGAGACUGCUUUUUUAAAAUUAAAAAUCACAAACAGAUGUUUCGUCUCAAUUGCGUUCGGUGCCACCCAAAUGUUUAGUGCAGUGGGGGUUUUGUGUUGCACUGAUGCCCUCUAGUGUAAUACUAGUGUACUGUACUCUGUUUACACUAAAGUGUAAUGUAUAAGUGAUUUUUUUCUUUUUUAGCAUGUGACUAAAUUCAUUGUAUUAUAAUACAUUAUAUAAAGUAAAUGCUAGAAGAGUAUGAAUUUAAAAAGUGGUGUUCAAUUAUCUUAAAUGUAUUUAAAAUUGUUCUUUUUUAUUAAGCAGUGCUGUUUCAGUAUCAUUUUUCUUUAUUUUGUUUCUCACUUUUUAUGUUAUAUUUAGUUAAAGUUUUAGUGAUUUUGUUGUAUGUACUGUCAUUUUUUCAUAUACACUGUCAUUCAAAAGUUUGGGAUUUUUUUAAAAAGAAAAGUAAUCAUUAAAAAUAAUUUGAAAUAUUGCAAUUUAACAGCUCUAUUUUAAUAUACUUUAAAAUAUAAUUAAUUUCUGCGAUGCAAAGCUGAAUUUUCAUCAGCCAUUAUUCAGUUCACAUGAUCCUUCAGAAAUUAUUUAUCAUCAAUGUUGGUAACAAUUGUGCUACAAUAACAAUACUUUUGGAACCUGUGAUACUUUGAUGAUUACAAAGUUAAAAAGAUUUAUUCAAAAUAGAAUUCUUUUCUAACAAUAUCACUUUUUAUCAGUUUAACACAUCCUUGUUGAAUAAAUGCAUUCAUUUCUUUCAAAGAAAGAAAGAAAAAAAAAAUACUGCCCCCAGACUUUGAAUGGUAGUGUAUAUUGUUACAAAGGUUUUCUAUUUUAAAUAAAUGCUGUUCUUUUUUAAUGUUUUAUUCAUCAAAGAGUCCUGAAAAAGUAUCACAACUGUUUCCAACAUUGAAGGAUCACUUUCUGAAGGAUCAUUUGACACUGAAGACUGGAGUAAUGAUGCUGAAAAUUUAGCUUUGCAUCACAGGAAUAAAUUACAUUUUAAAGUAUAAUAAAAUAGAAAACCACUGUUUUAAAUUGCAAUAAUAUUUCACAAUAUUACUGUUUUUCCUGUAUUUGUAAUCAAUGCAUAAACGCAGCAAAAAAAAGGCUUCUUUAAAAAGCAUUAAAAAUCUUACUGAUCCCAAACGGGAUCGGAA